AAAGGAUGGAGGGCUUAUUUAUCGAACGGAGUCAUAUUUUUAAAAUUUCAAACGGAAAUCGAUUGUUUAUACUUAUUUUGAGAAAUGAACUCGGGGCAAAUGUCAAUAUCUUAAUCCCAUGUUCUAAAAAUACACUUUACGAUGCUUUUGAGCCGAGACAUUUAAAUUUAGGUUUAAAAAUAACUGAGUUAAAACAAAUAACACUUUUCAAAAAUGACAAAGUUCCUGUCACAUUGUUCCAACUGUGCAAGAAAUCUAGAAUUAUGCGGAUUCAAGAACUGUCAGAUUUUCCUUCAAAUUCAACCGAGAGAUUAGUUUCGUACAAAGGUGUUGUAACUAAAAUCUAUGAUUCUAGUUCUGUUGUUUACAUGAUAGAUAAGAAGAUAUUCUUAUUUCUCUCUCCAAUCCUUCACACCUUAAACUUUGAUUUACAACUUGGGGAUUCAGUGUCAAUUCUUAAUUCCCACAUUGUCAAGUUCAGAGCGAGAAAGGCUUUAGUUUUGUGUGGAAGAAGUUAUCUAUUUGUAAACGAUGACUCCGGUCCAGCAAAUAUCGGAGAUAAAUCCUCGAUGCUGUCAACCGGAAACUACGCAAUAUCUGUUCAUCCCCUUCUAUCUCUGGUCGCAGAGUAUUCACUGUCAUUGGAGGAUUUCUUCAAACUCUUUGAAAACUAUGAAAGACUGAAGACUAAGUUUUCACAAAUAUACGCGAGGAAGUAUAGUCUAAAAAAGUUGCUCUUUAAAACCAUUAAGCACCAAGAUGCUUUAUCAAAACGGUCCCUUCUCAAGGAAUUUCUAUUGCACAGUACUAGUUGUGGUUUCGAAAACUUAACGGACACAACAAAAGUUUAUCGUGUAGUUGAAGUGAAAGAGAUGAUUGAAUAUUUGAAGAAUAGAGAAGAAGAAGAAAAUGAGGAAAAGGAGAAUAAGGAGGAAAUAGAGAACUGCUUCAGAACAGAAUAUUUGGACCAGAAUCUAGAUAUCAAGCUGUUUGGAGUUAUCAGAUCUAAUGCUGAUAAAACCUUGCUCAGUGAUGGAGUUGAUACAGUCGAGGUUUUGAUAACCCUCACCAGUCUCCAGGAGGACCUAGAACAGUGUCUGGUUGAAGUAACCCGUCCUAUUCUCUGUUCGGAGAAAUAUCCUCAACCCAACUCUUAUCUGAUCAUCAAAAACAUAAAACGCUUAGCCAACGCUGUUGACUUCUCUGACAAAAUUGCUAAUCUUUGUAAAGAGUUAACCUCCGCCACUGUCUUGUCUCCCCCUCCCUCCCCCCUCACUUCCUCCCUUGAGUUCAAGAUCCUGUGUAAGAGCAUGAUAUUUAAGCAGAGAAAAGGAAGUUACUUCCUGCUUCAAGUUUCAAGUGAGGAAGGGAUGAUUCUGGUUAAAAUGACCAAUUUGAUGUUCUACAAGAGAUGCCAGGUCCAUGGAGUUCUGACCAUACUAUCCGAUGAGCCAUUUAAGAUGGUGACAGGAUCCCUGACAUCCGAGGUUGUUCUUCAACUCUCAGAGGAGUUUUCCUGUCAACAGGUUUACGAGAUUAACCAGGAUGUUGUAUAUAACGUAUCUGCCCCUGAACUUGUACACCCAGAUCCUGAGAUGCAGAUAGAUCAACUACACACUUGUUUUCAGGGAGAAAUCAUUAAUAUUUCAGGUUUGAUAAGCAGUAGAACACUUAUUCAUGAUUCUUCUCCACCAACCCUCGUCCUUCAACUGGUUCAAAAUGUAAACAAAGUCAAUGUUUACAUUAAAACUGGUUUCCAGCUUCCUGUCGGCCUUGUUCCAGGCACACUAUGGAAACUUUCUAAUGUUAUGAAAGUAGUUUCUAAAAAGGAGAAUAUAUAUUUAGUAACAGGUGUGCUUUCGAAUCUUGAAUUCAUGGGAGUAGAAGAUGUAGACUUAGAGCAGUCAGUUCUUUAUAUGGAUCGUAGAUUGGGAUGUAUAAAAGCACUGUUGGAGGGGACAGAGAUUAUUUCAGAAAUAAUUAUUAGUAUUGAGGAUAUUCUUAGGAUCAACAUCAGAGUUGAAUGCGGGUCCUGUGGAAGUGGAGUGGAGAAGGGUGUUUGCAGCUACGUGGGCUGCAAUGCUCCUGAUUCAUUCAACUUUAGUUGUUCCUCUUGUGUUGAGGUUCAGGAUGGAACUGGGGCAAGUCUUCUACUGUCCAGUAACCUGGAGCACCUACCCGUCCUUCUUAACCUUAGUGCUGAAGACUCUUGCAGUCUUCGAGAGAAGAUAAAGUAUCAAGGGGAACUUGUUUAUUCCAAGCAUAGGAAACAAAACUCAGAUAAAACUAUGGAGAAGUUUGUUCAUCAGUCGUUGAGAAAUCAAUUCUUCCUUCAGGCCCGUGUACGUCGGUAUAUCUGUAGAGAGGAGGUUAAACUGUACUGCUUGUUUGUAAACAAACUGUCGUGUACUGCAGCCAAUACCAUAUAUGAAGCUGCUCUCGAAGAUUUGCGCAACCCAUUUUAACAGAAUAAUCGUAAGUGAGGAUAUUAUAAUCCUGAUAUAAGGUUUUUUUCAGAGAUAUGAUUUAGUUCUUCUACAAUACAUAAUUGUAUUGAACCAUUGACAAUUUAUAUUAUUCUAUUCUUAUCCUUAUUAUAUCUCGUCCGAAAUCCAAUUAAAUACUUGAAUCCCAAUUAAUUCCCUCUUGAAUCCCUCUUGCAUUCCUCUUGAAUCCUUCUCGAAUCCCACUUGAAUCCCUCUUGAAUCCUUCUUGAAACCUUCUUGAAACCUUCUUGAAUCCUUCUUGAAUCACACUUGAAUCCCAAUAGAAUCUAGUUUGAUACUCAAUUUAAUCCUAAUAUAACGUGAUAGAUGAUCUAAGGCUGUGAUUUGUUAUGACAUUAAUAUUGCUAUUGUGUUGAGAAAUUUUAUUUUUAUGUUUUUUCAGA